AUGCAGAUGCCAGACAUGCCCGUCAACGUCCCAAUCGACGAUCCCAACGCCGACACAGAAUGGAACGACAUUCUCCGGAGUAAAGGCAUCAUCCCCGAAAAGCCGCCAUCGCCCACACCCAUGAUCCAAGAAGCACUCGAGCAAGCCCGCCAACUCGCCCACGAAAACCGACUAGAAGGCAAAGACCUCGACGAACUAGCCGAGCUAGAGGACGAAGAAGACGACGACUUUCUCGAUUCGUACCGUCAGAAGCGCAUGGCUGAACUGUCGUCUAUAAAUACUGCCUCGGUCUACAACCAAGUCUACCAUAUCCAGAAACCAGACUACUCGUCCGAUGUGACCGAAGAGAGCAAGAAGGCAUACGUGCUUGUCCUGCUCACGAGUUCUACCGGUACAAAUACAGAGUCAAGAGUCAUGAUUGAGCAUUGGAGGGAGCUGGCAAAGAGAUUUGGAGACGUCAAGUUUUGCCAGAUGAGGGCGGAUCUGUGCAUUGAGGGAUAUCCGGAUAAGAACACACCGACGGUCUUGAUUUACAAAGAUGGAGAUAUCAAGAGGCAGAUUGUUACGCUGAUGCAGUUGAGCGGGCCGAGGACAAGUGUACAAGAUAUCGAAAGAAUCCUCGUAGAUGUUGGCGCGGUCAAGCUAGGAGACACCCGCCUCCAGAAGAAGAAAGAAGAUGAUGAAGAUGUCAAUACGAGCAAGAUAAGACAGGGAACUACCGCUGGCGACGAUGACGAUAGCGAUUGGGAUUGA